AGAGCGCGCGCUGUUUGACCCCACCCCUCUCGUGCCGCAACGAGCGCGUGCGGUGCAAUAUGAGCAACAUCCCUCAUCUCAUCAUCUCUCAACAUCUGGACGGAACGACCCCCCAUCACGAGGAGGUAUUGUCUUCCAUCUGUCAGACUAUACUCCAGUCGAUGUUAUUGUCGUUUUACUACAGAGGUACCAUGAUGUUGUUGCCAUGUCAACAGCUCUGUGUUUACAAAGGGAUGGAGAGGAUGAGAGGGAUGCAGAUGUGAGAAGAUGCUCUCAUCGCGGAGUGUGUAGGAGGAGGAAAAGCCUGGUCUUCUGCUCACGUGUGGGUUCAUCUCUUAGGCUGUGUGCACGGUUAGAUUUAAAACCCUCAGAUGGAUGGACGCGCAGAGACACUGGAAACAGAGGAUGCUGCUGCUGCUGCUGUCGUCGUUGAGAACGAAGCUGAGAGCAAGCAAGUGCGAGAGAAGUCCACCGCAUCCGGACACAAUUACCUGGACACUUGCCCCGUUUGCUUCCUGAACUUUCACAGUCGAGAGCCCAAACUCCUGCCGUGUCUGCACUCCUUCUGCAAGAAAUGUUUGCCAUCACCCUCCAGGAAUCUGGCCAUGAAGGAGCCGCCAAACUCCCAGCAGGAAGACAGCGAGACCAAACCACUGAAUGUGAUCCGCUGUCCGGUGUGCAGGCAGGAGUGUAUGGAGGUAGAUGUGAUGGAGAACGUCUUUGUGAAGGACUCAGUUGAGGCUCCCAGCAGCACAGUGGAGAGGACGGUCCAGCUCUGUAUGACCUGCGAUGACAACACCGAGGCUGCCGGGUUUUGUGCGGACUGCGUCGAGUACCUCUGUACCACCUGUGUGGAGGCUCACCAGAGAGUCAAGUUUACCAAAGACCACACCAUCAGACAGAAGGCAGAAGUAUCACAAGAGGUCCAGGGUGUGUCGGCUCACAGGCCAAUGUUCUGUGACAUCCACAAACAAGAGCCGCUGAAGCUGUUCUGUGAGACCUGUGACCUGCUAACCUGCCGUGACUGCCAGCUAGUAAAGCACAAGGACCACAAUUACCAGUUCCUUGAAGAUGCUUAUAAAAACCACAAACAGCACAUGGAGAGCAUGACCCAUCAGCUGCAGGAGAAACAGAAACUCAUUGAAGAGGUAUCAAACUCCAUAAACAAUGGGCUUCUUCAGGUUGAUCAGAACCGUACGUCUGUUCAUAACGAAAUAAAGAAAUCCAUCUGCAGUUUGAUUCUGGAGAUAAACAAGAAGGGCAAGAUGCUAGUUAAUCAACUUGAGGCUGUAACAAAGGACCACGAGAGCGUCCUGCGAAAACAGCAGGAAGACAUCGGCUAUCUGUCCAGACACCUGGACCAUGUCAUCAACUUCACCAAAUGGGCCACGGCCAGGAAUGGAGGCACGGCCCUCUUGUACUGUAAACGUUUGAUUCUGUUUCAGAUUGGAAACCUCCUGCGGGCAAAAUGCAGUUCCUCGUUUAUACCUCAGAGCACUGCACGCUUCCAGAGCCGAUCCUCUUAUUGGGCCUCAAAUGUUGAUCUGGGCUCUUUAGUGGUGGAGAGCGUACCAGGCCACCAGCUGGGUGGUUUUCAGGGUAUCCCUCAUCAGCUCUCCCACCCUGGGCACGGCCCCUCAGGCUCACCCCACAGCUUCGCCCUGGGAGCACCCCAUAAUACUCUGGCUCAGCUGCAGAUGCAGGUGGACAAGCUAAACCCGCAGGCCAACUGGCAGCCCCAGCCCCCUCCCCCACCCUGGACUUGGUACCAGAGUGUCCGACUGCAGCGCACCGUCCCGGGGCCCCUGCAAGGAGGAGGCUCCCCCUCCCACAGUAUGCUGUCCCAACCGGGUCGCAGGUUUAUGGUGCCUCCUCCCACCCACGUCAGCCCAACUAGCAGCUUACCGAGCCCCGGGUUUACGCCCCAGCCUCUGAGGGGGAUGGGAAGCAGCGCCGGCUACCAAACCAAACCUAUGGACGUGUUUCCCUCUCCGCCUCUGUACACCCAUAUGGCACCACUGCCCAACGGUGGCGUCAGUUCGCCUCAAUCACGACAGACGAUUGAGGAUACAUAUCUGAACAGGAGGAAUGAUUCAGGUGGUCCCAUAUACAUGCUGAAGCCAACCUAUCCCCAGAGCAUGCCACCUUCUUUGCUACACAGAAAUGUGCAAGGACAGCAGAAUUUACUAGGGUACGCUGCUGUAUCCCAGGAGGAGAAACCGGGGACUGUUACCUGGAAACCUCCAGAAACACACCAGGCGAGUGGAGCAGCAGGCGCAGCUGCCAAGAGAAGACGGAGAUCGUCACCAGGGCCCAUCAUCGUCAUCAAAGAUGAGCCAGAUGAUGACAGUAGCUACGUACAAGCCAACCAAAGAGCCAGCCUCCCUGACAGCACAGGUGACCAACCCCAAAUCAGAGCCCAAGCUGAGGGGAACAAAGUCCCGACUCCUCUUCAAAGCACAGACGACAGACCCCAAAGCUCACGGGACCAGAGUAAGACCGAUGCUCCAGAUCUUCUCCCUUCACUGGGAGGAGAACAGCAGGUGAACCAGCACCAAGACUCUACUGAAGGCCUGUGUGCUGCGUGUCAGACCGGGGGAGAGCUGCUGUGCUGCGACAAGUGUCCCAAGGUUUAUCACCUCUCGUGCCACGUUCCAACUCUCCUCAAAUCUCCCAGUGGGGAAUGGUUUUGCUCUUUCUGCCGUGACCUGUUAGUGCCUGAGAUGGAGUACGACUGUGAAAGCAAACCUGAAGGCAAAACAGUAAAGAAAGAGCCAGAUUCUGAAGGAGGAUUUCCCCCUGUGGACAAACGAAAGUGCGAGAGGCUGCUGCUCAGUUUGUUUUGCAGUGAGCUGAGUUCAGACUUCCAAAGGCCUGCGUCCCCCUCGCUAUGUGCUAAUAACAGGCUGACUAUAAAAGGACCAGUGACUCUUUCCGCUGUGAAAAAACGACUGGAGGCUGAGCAGAGUCUGUCGGGUUACCAAAGCCCUGCAGAGUUUGUAUCAGACAUCAGGCUCGUCUUUGGGAACCGUGCCCUCAGUGAGGCCGACACAGAGGUCACCAUGGCGGGCAGGAAGCUCAAAGAGCUGUUUGAAGAGCACCUGAGGAUCACCUUCCCUGACCAGACCUUUCCAGAAAUCAAACUGGAGAUGCUACCUACUGCCCCUCCUGACUCUCAACUCCCAACUCUUGACAAUAUAUCCCAGCAUGCAAAGCGCCAACGUGCGGGUUCAGACUCCCAGAAUCCACCGAGCCGUCCUGGUGGAGAGGAGGGAGGAGUGUGAAAGCACAAAUCUUCUUAAAUCGUUUAGAUCAUCGACAACACUGCCAGCACCAGCUAAUAUUCAUGUCUGUUACAAACAUUAAAAAUGUUUUGUAUGUUUACUUAUUAAAUUAUACUGCAAGGAAACAAUUAUAAUACAGGGACACCUCACUAAACUGCAUUACAGCAUUUAAUCAGAAUCUGAAGAAAUAGUCUCUGAUUAAAGCUUGAAGAUUGAUGAAAAAAGUACAAACACGAAGCACAAGUAGGUGUUAACAGGGUACAGAUAACUGGCUAUUAUGGUAAGCAGUCUGUUUUGGUUAAGUUAUCAAUCUGCUUUCACCAAAUGAUCUGUCUGCUCACAGUAGAUACAUUCAGAGACACUGAGCUAAUAGAUGAUGUGAUCGGGCCUGGUGUGUGUUUUUCCUGUUUAGCUCUCCAUGUGUAAAUAUAGAACUGAUCAGGAAGGAUGCGAAUAAUGAGCUUUGAUGUUUGUGGUUUAUGAUUUUAUGUGGAAUAAGAGGUGUUACGGGGCCCCUCGAGGCCAGUAAAACGAUCAAAGGAAUCGAAGCUGUUUGCUAAAACCCAGGACACAUUGUCACACGUCAUUACACAAUAUUUCUGCCUGCAUGGUCUCAUGUGUCAGGCUCUUAUAGUGCAGAACUAAUGUUGUAAAUGUUAUGUGUUAUUUUAUUUAUGUUUAUCAAAAAAAAGAUUUUAUUGUGAAGAGGUAAGCACAGUGCAAAUGUUAUGCUAUUUUUUUCUAAGGUCAUUUUAGUUCAUUUCUUCCGCACUCUCACCCUUGUGAACUGUUUUCUUCUAAUACCCGAGAGCCAGAACAUUUAGCCAUAAACCCACUUGCACGCGAGUCAACUUGCAGGUGUUUACAGGGUACAAUAAAAUAUGAUACGGUA